UGUGAUUCUUGAUUAGACGGUUAAAGAAAGUAAGCACCAUCUUAAUAUUUUGUUGCUUACACACUAGUGUGGUGGGACAGUUAAGACUAAGUCGAAAGGAUAAACGUGAAAGCGUGUUUAUAACGUUCUUAGUUGUCUGUUCGAGAAUCAGAUGGUUGUAAUUCGCACGAAAUGUGAAUCACGUCUCACAUACACUGACGUCUGACGUCAUUUGAUUCUUGACUAUGCAUUUAAAGAAAGUAAGCGCAAUGUUUAUGCUUACUAAGUAAUGUGUAUGCUUAGUUUGCAUACACAUUCCGCGUUUUCUCAAUCCUCGGGUAUUUCGGCAUAAAAUACCAUAGGUUGUUGUGGUGUAGUUUUUUGUUAUAGUUCCCAACUAAGCAUACACAUUCCACGUUUUCUCGAUCCUCGGAUAUUUCGGCAUAAAAUACCAUAGGUUGUUGUGGUGUAGUUUUUUGUUAUAGUUCCCAACUAAGCAUACACAUUCCACGUUGUUUUCUCGAUCCUCGGUAUUUCGGCAUAAAAUACCAUAGGUUGUUGUGGUGUAGUUUUUUUGUUAUAGUUCCCACGUUGGUAUUAGAUUAAUCCGUGUAGUAAGGAGGCAGCUGCCUGGUCUAAGUUGUUUGAGACAGCUGACUAUUGUGCCAUAUGGGGAUUGAGAGGAGAAACAUGGUUUAUUAUAAUAAGAACAUGAAUGGAGGGGAGGUAUUUUAGUUAGAAUAGCAUUAUCAAUUUGAUAAUGUGUUUAACACAGGUUAGCAUAAUAUUAAUUUUGUAUUUACACCGGUUCAUGUCAAGCUAAAUGGUACUUAGGUUACACUCUAACGCUUUGAAAAUACUGAUUUGACAUGACACCUCCGAGUUGCUUCAUUUCAUAAUAUCAGUCGCGAUCGUUUCGUAAUUGAAUCUCUCCUAACAAGUUGAGUUAUUGGGACUAAACUAUUUUUAACAUGGUAUAUAAGAGUUCUCAAUUAUUGACAGGUCUUGUGUUUGAAUUUCAGUGAUCUCAUUUGUUAAAUACAUGAUAUUCAUACAUGUCCAAACUUCAAAAUCGUAAAUAGGUUUUCGUUUGAGGGUAUGAAAGCAAAAAUCUCUUGUCCUUCAGUGGAGCAUCCCACCAUUUAUUUACAUACAAAAACUAAAUUUUCAAGCAAUGCUACCAAUUAUUCAUAGAUUCACCUCUAUUCAUGCACAUGAAAUUACUUAAAUAAGUUGCACGAAAAUGUGAACAGUGUCCCAUUCUGGGAUAUCUAACUUUUCCUUCUUAUUAUUUGAUUCACCAAACUUUUUCCCUUGUUAAUAAAUUUUGGUGGGUAUGGGAAAUUUUCACAUGGAUGGCUCCUUACAUAUGAAUUAACCGUUGUUGUACACUUGUACUAUCAAUUUCGAUCCUCAGCUGUUCGGGCAAGAUUUCUCAACUUCAACAGCAUUAGAAUUGGAUUUUACGGUACGUUUAAUGUCAUUUCAGUAGGAUUAUGCUUUUGGGGAAUUGAUUUUACGGCUAAUUCAAUAGCCGGCAGUGGGGAAUCUGACCAUUUGCUGAACAGAAAAUUGUGGCCGGUGGGUUGCCAAAUGACCGGAUUAUGCUUUUGUUAGUUAUAUUGUUGGAUUAUAUUAGUUAAAGCAUCGUUGGAUUAGGCUUUUUGCUAAUUAAUAAUUAUUAUAUAUUUGGCUCAAUAGAGAACUCCUAGGGUUAAGAUUGAAUUUCUAAUUAUUACCAAAAUAAAAUUAAUUUCUAACAGGUUUUAGGGUAGGAAGGAAUCGUCUCGUCCUCAUCAAUCAUCAUGGCCGCUCUCUUUGAGCGACUUUCGGCGUCGCCACUAUUGGCGGUUAAACAUAUAUAGAGAUCCCUUUCAUUUAAAUUCUAUUCAUACUUCAGAAAAGAAUAAAGAUAUGAUCAAAGAAAUAAAAAUCAGCAAAGAAAAUGAAAUAAUUUCCCUAUAUAUUUUGUUCACUAACCCAUUAGGCAAUUAACACAUCUCACAAUGAGUUUGAUUAUCAUAGGCGUAUCGCGCCAGUAUCACACUUAUACUUUCUCGAAUCGUUUGAUUUAUGAAUUGGAGAUCAUAAUACACACGAGGAAAAUGGGUGUGUGUUUGUGUCAAGGUCACAAUAAUUCGAGCUGUGUUGGAGAGGUUAAAAAUAACUCAGAGGAAGUGUAAGCACUUGCCUUUUCAUAUUUUACUAUAUGAUAAAGCAGGAUCAGAGCACAACUCUAAAAUCAUUGAACAGUUUGGAUCAAUCAUCUCUCCAUUGAAAACAUGAAUUAACGGUAUUUUAAUAAAUGCUACCAUAUACGUAUGAAUCGAAUUCGAAAAUCCAACAACGACGACACGUACCGAAAAAACCCACUCCAUCAGCUUUACCUCAUCUUGCAGUCACGCUGAAUUGACUGAUUAUAGUGCAUACUGCAACAGUAGUAGUGGUGGUGAGUAGUGACAGGCACACCAUCCCCUCUGAGCAAUCAUGGCUCCCAACUCCAGAAUCCCAUGAAUGAAGGUCUCCUCCCUUCGUUCUAAAUUCAUUAUAUUAUAUUUAAUUAUUUCUGUACUUAUCUCCUCCCUCUUUUAUAUAUUCCGGAUAUAAAAUUCCGAAUUUUGUUCCAGAAUUCAACUACAAGUUGGAUCGGUUUCUCUGAGCGCCGCUCAGGAAAUUCUUCCUUCCUUCGCCACUCCUUUUUUCACAGACGACGUUUGUAUUUUAGGUGGGUUGGGCUUAGCUUUCAAUUGAAGCACGAUAGAGAAAGAUGCAAUGGAGUUGGGUCACAUUCAGGUUUAUGUUUGGUGUACUGUAGAAUAACGUCUCUCUCUCACAACGAAUCUUCUUCUUCUACUUCUUCUUCCAUUGUUCAGAUUCAAACGCCAUUGCCAAAUUCAAGGUUCAGAGUAAACAGGAGGAACUUAAAACAAUGGCGGCUGGGAAAGAUUUGAAAUUGAAAUGAGGGUUUUGUUUCUCUGUACCGUUGUUGUGGUGGGUCUGGUCUGAAAACUCUUGCCGGAUUAAAAUGGACGCCGCCGGCGUCGUUCUCCCCGGCGGCGGAAGUGGAAGCGCGAGCAGCACCAGCAGCAGAAUCGAGAGGAACAAUGCGGUGUUGAAGGACCCGUCGUGGUUCGGUCAGUUCAGAAACGGGUCGAACCCAUGGAUGGCUAGAUACGUUUACGCCCUCAUUUUCCUCUCCGCCAAUCUCCUCGCCUGGGCGGCUCGGGACUAUGGCGGUUCCGCUUUGACUGAGAUGGAAAGGCUGAAAGUUUGUGAUGGGAAAUCGGACUGUUUGGGAGCUGAGGGGGUUUUGAGGGUGAGCCUGGGCUGUUUCGUCUUCUUCAUUCUCAUGUUCCUUUUGACCGUGGGGACUUCCAAGCUCCAAGAUCCGAGGGACGCGUGGCAUUCUGGAUGGUGGUCGGCGAAAAUCGCUAUCUGGGUUGGAGUCACUCUGCUAGCUUUCCUCCUCCCUUCCACCAUUGUCAGGAUCUACGGGGAGAUUGCACAUUUUGGUGCAGGGGUGUUUCUACUGAUUCAGCUGGUGAGUGUGAUCAGCUUCAUUACUUGGAUCAACGAGCGCUGCCUGUCUGAGAAAAACGCAGAAAGAUGCCAUAUCCAUGUGAUGGUGGUGGCGACAGGUUCAUAUGUGAUCAGCCUGGUGGGGAUAAUCAUGAUGUUCAUUUGGUACACACCAGACCCAUCUUGCCUGCUCAACAUAUUCUUCAUCACCUGGUCCCUAGUGCUCCUGCAACUCAUGACCAGUGUCUCUCUUCACCCUAAAAUAAAUGCCGGGUUCCUGGCACCUGGACUGAUGGGGCUGUAUGUUGUGUUCCUCUGCUGGUGUGCCAUCAGAAGUGAACCAGCAGGGGAGAGUUGCAACAGGAAGGCAGAAUCUUCCAAGAGAACAGAUUGGCUAACCAUCAUAAGCUUUGUCAUUGGGCUGCUGGCAAUCGUCAUAGCGACAUUUUCGACUGGAAUCGACUCACAAUGCUUCCAGAAAAGCGAGACGAAAGGUGGUGGCGGUAGGGAAAAGGAAGAAGAUGAAGUGCCAUACGGGUAUGGAUUCUUCCACUUUGUGUUCGCGACGGGAGCCAUGUACUUCGCCAUGUUGUUGAUCGGCUGGAACACCCACCACGCCAUUAAAAAGUGGACGAUUGAUGUUGGGUGGACUAGCGCAUGGGUGAGAAUAGUGAAUGAGUGGCUGGCAGUUUGUGUAUACAUAUGGAUGAUGGUGGCACCGAUAAUACUGAAGAGCAGAAGGGCAGCAGGGGGAUCACCGCCGGUUUAGGAAAGGGACAAAGAUAGAGGAAAGAAUGGGCUUUUUGUUCGUUUUAGGGGGUGGCUUGGGCUUUCAUCCUUCUUCUCCUGGUGGUGGUGCUAUUGGGCCAAGGAGCAUAAUGGGCCAAACAGAGAGGGGACAUCACUAACGUUUAGGUGGUUUAUACGAUGAUGUUUAACAAGUUGGACAAAAGGGUGAAAAUGAGAUUUGACAUUCAUUUGUUGGGUGGGUGGAGAGGAAUUGGAUUCCUGUAAAUAAUAAGCAAAAAUGAAUGGAGUCGGUCUCAUUUGGAAGGUGUGUAUUCAUGGAUGGGGAUGGAUUCUGAAAUCAAUGGUUUUUGGAAUACAUCAAAGUUAGCUUCUUUUUUCUCAGUUGAGUUGUUGGUCCAUGGUCAACAAUUGAAGGGCAUGUCUCAAAGUCUCAGUCGAUGUCAUUUGAGCAUUUGGAAGCAUUUUCCAUGGUUGAAAAAAGAGAACUCAAUUCCAUUCCAUUCCAUCUUUCUCUCCUGCCCAUUAACUGCUGAGGUGUGGAAUUUUCUCUGUUCAAAUAUUCGCUCGUGGCCCUCGUUCGUCACAACGCUUCUCUCAAGUGUUCUUGUGUGUGGAUUUGGAUGUCACUUGUGGCUCUCUUCCUUCGCAGCAUUUCAUAGCCCAUUUGAAAAUGAGUGAUUGGCAUAUGAAAAGAUUCAAAAGAAUUGUAAGCCAUUGGUGAGUGAAGUAAAACAUCAUUGAAUCGUGGAAAGAAUUGUAGAGAUUUGAUUACCGGUAACAGAGUUAGACUACUACAACGAGCCGAUAUAGUAUCCACACUUAGCAUAAGGGGCGUACGAGCUUAGCCUCGUCAUAGGAUCUGUCGCAACGCUACCUCCACACAAAACUAAUCUCGAGAUCAUUCUACGCACCACUACUACUUCCACUUGGACUAAUAACUCUUUUGUGCAUGCUUGAUACAUAGAUGACAAUUUUGUAUCUAAUCCACCAGUCCAAUUCAAUCUAUCCAACUAAUCCAAGUAACAAAAGAAGCUUGGUAUGAGUUGUGAAAUAGUAAGUGAAUAAGCUAUGGAUAAUUAAGAGACCAUCUUUGCGGUUGAGGAAAUGGUAGUAGACUCAUAGUAUUAUUUUUUGCAAACCCAAUAUUUUGCUAAAUAAGAACCUUCAUUAUCUUAAUCAUCCAAAUUUAUUAAAUUGAUUAAAGAUUUAACUAUGAAGAUUCUGUCACCCUGUACAAAUUUAACUAUGAAGAUUAGCAUUUCCGCCCACCUUUCUCUCCUGCCCAUAUGGAAUCUUCUUUGUUCCAAACUUCGUUUGUGAAUCUCUUUCGUUGCGCUGUUUCUUAAGCAUUCUCGUUUGUGGAUUUCGGUAUCAUUUGUAGCUCUCUUCCUUAAUAGUCUUUCAUAUAAAAAUGUCACACAUAUGCAAUUGCACAAGCUUUACGCAGGAGACCAGCUGGUCCAUUUCAUACAAUAUAUUCCAGACUUGAAACAGCUCGCCACGAGAACGAAGAGACUACGAAAUAAUACACAACCCGGAUGAUAAAUGGAAGUGAAAAAAACACCUAUCCCCUACAAAGAAUUUUAACUUAAAAUAGAACAAGCAAAAUGGUAACAGUUUCCACGGUAGAAGACAGCACACACAUUUUACCCCCUGAUGAACAAUAAUACAACAAUGGAAAAUCGCAAUCGAAAAGAAGAAAAGAGAAAACCCUAGACCUCUCGUUACAAAUAAUCUAUAAAUUUCCCC